AUGGCCACAACAGGUAGCACAAGAAGACAACCGCAAUCACUAGAGACUCGAAAUUUGCAGGUUCAGGAUAAUUGGGAGCUGGUUGGGUUCGAGAUCAGCUGUGUACACGUGCAUAGAUACCAAAACAAGGCAACUCGGAAACAAGUGCAAGUUGAUUCAGCCAAUGACUCAGAUGGUGACGAUGGUGAUGAUGAUGUCAGUGAGAUCAGCUUGGAGGGCUUGAGUGGAGUUUUUUCUUCUGAAUCCAGGCUUUCAACGUCAGGGACCAGCAGCAGAGAUACUGGCACUGGCACUGGCACUGGCAAUGGUAGGGUGGCGGACGAAAGCACCAAGGACCACUUGAAUCCCAAAUGCAAGUAUGAAGAAAGCUGUGUGUCUGCCCCUGAUCAGCUAGGCUACGAACAAGCGGCCAGCAGAUUUGCUUCUUUUCCAUAUUCAAGCGCAAAUGCGGGUACCGGUACUGGCAGAUCCAGGAGCACGAGAAGCACGCCGCACAACAUAGACCAGACCAAUGACAGAAGCCCUACUAGUAGCAGGCUUGUGCACAGCCGUGGAAUGGCACCUGUACACAUUCCCAAACCAGUUCCAUUUGACGAAGAAAGAAGAUAUUCUUCCGCUCCGACUCAAUCACAAUCAUCUCGGCCCAACCUUCCGGUCAUGAUCAAACGAAGGUAUUCACUCUCUGAAGCCAGCGAAUCAUACUCCCAGACAAUGCAAGAUCUGGGAUGUCCCCGGCAACUAUUCAUUCAAAAUACCACACAGAGAAUGCCCCGCCGUGUCUCCCUGGAAUACGGCGACGGCAGCACGCCACAAGCGACUCCCAGCAACAGUCCAGGUCACUCCUAUCAGCCCAAAUCUAUAUCCUUGGAUUUCGGGAAACUAUCCCGGUCCAACAGUAUUGGGAGCAAGACGGCCAGGGCGUCCUUUCGUCGUCAAGAGCACGCCUCGUCCUUUCGAAUGCCUCGCAGGGUCUCCAUUGAGUAUCAUCAGACCACCACAAUGGGCUCCAACAGCGAAACCCACAGCACUGAGAAUGUUGUACAAUCAAGCAAAGUCUUGAUCCGCCGAGGCUCCCUGGACUUCUCUGUGGGAACAUCUAACUUGCCGCGACGCCGAUCUUCCUCCACGGGGGCUGCUGCUGCUAAUUCCCAACAAGGAAUCCUGGGAAUGACACCAACUACUUUUCCAUUCUUCGAAGGAGACAUGAAGAUAUGA